AUGCAUCUGCUUAUGUCGUCUGAGCCACAUACCGCACCCAUCCAAGAGGAGGUCGAUGCGCAACUCGCCUUCUCUACCGAAUCCGAUGCCACCAUAUCUCUUGCGGACAAGUGGCUUCGGGACUGUAUUGCUCAGGAUACGGCUUGUGCUGGUGAGAGGCAAAGCGCCGUAUGGGAUAAAGCGUUGCCUGCUAGACUCAUCUGCGUUGACGGCGAAGGUUCUAGCUGGCAAUCAGCUCGUGUCGUGGAAACGAACAGAUUAUCCUCAAAUACUCCUUACCUCACGCUCAGUCACUCGUGGGGAGACGGCAAGUUUCUAAAACUACUAUCGACGAACACAACACAGCUCUAUUCUUCCAUUCCGGUGGACCAGCUGAGCAAGACUCACAGAGACGCUCUAUCGAUAACACGCAGAUUGGGGUAUCGCUAUAUCUGGAUCGACUCGCUCUGCAUCAUUCAGGACUCCAACGAUGACUGGAGAUCACAAUCUGCGCAGAUGGCUUCGAUUUACGGUAACUCAACGUGUAAUAUCGCAGCAGAGAAUGCUUCUGAAUCCGGUGGAUGUUUCAUACGCCGCAAUCCGUUAAUGCAGCGACCCUGCCAAUUGACUCACAGCAGCGAUCUGGAUCCAGCAGAAGGCGUCUAUGCCCAUCGCUACCACACUGCAAACUGGUCUGCAUUUCCGGAGUAUUAUUAUUCUCCUUUAUCCCUCCUAACCCGCGCAUGGGUUCAACAAGAGCGCAUCCUGUCACCUCGGGUUCUGUAUUUCGGUGGCCCUGAAAUACAUUGGGAAUGCUGUUCAUUCCAGGCUUCCGAGGCAUGGCCGAACGGUUCGCCCAGCCAAGACCAUGGAUUCGAUGAGUUCUAUCCACUCAAAGCGGCAUUCGAGUCUCUGAUCACUCCCUUUACGAAUUGGGGACGAGACGAGCUCAACAGGUUUGUCUACGAGCUGUGGCACCACGGUGUGUUUCGGGAGUAUACCGCAGCCGAUCUGACGUUUGAGAAGGAUAGAUUGGUGGCUCUCGCUGGCAUUGUUGGAGUCAUUCAGCGGCGCACAGGCAUGACUUAUGUGGCCGGUUUGUGGAAGGAGUUCCUUCCGAUGGAACUCAUGUGGCGGAAAAUGGACGCCCCGGUGCCAGCACAGAAACAUCUCGAGCCCUUGCCUUGGAAAGCGCCUACGUGGUCCUGGGCAUCAGUCAAGGGUCGGAAAAGGUUUGAUCUCUCUGCGCUGCAAAAGCCGGAAGAUGACAAUAUACUGUAUUGCUCCCGUAUCCUGAAAUAUGUUAUAGAGCCAUUGGACGUCGCACAACCUAUACUAGGUGAGGUGUCAGGCGGGACCAUCACCGUGACUGGCUUUCUUGCGCCUCUGGUUAGACCCAGUCCCGCGGAAACCAUGGAAGCUGAUGGACCGAAUCGCUUCAAAAAGCCAAAGGACAUCGCACUGGAUAUCGAUCUUCCGCCGUCAACGCAGCUGUUCUACUUCUGUCUUAUGAAGACCAGGGACAACGAGACCACGCUUACGAACAAAGGGCUCGUCAUAGCGAAAGCAGUGGCAGAGACAGAAGAACAGAAAGACGGCGCCAAAUAUGCUGGCAGUUACAUCCGAGUUGGCGUGUUUGUGAGCUCGUUCAAGAGUGGAAUGGGCAGCGUUUUCGACGGUGUCGAUGAGACUUCGGUCACCAUAUGUUGA